UGACUCUUGGUAUCGAAACUGUGGGCGGUGUGAUGACUAAGGUGAUUCCUCGCAACAACAACAUACCAACCAAAAAGUCCCAGAUCUUCUCCACGGCAGCGGACAACCAGCCUGUUGUAACACUAAAAAUCUACGAGGGAGAGCGAAGUAUGACUAAGGACAAUCAUCUGCUGGGCCAAUUCGACCUGACAGGUAUUCCUCCAGCACCUCGUGGUGUGCCCCAAGUGGAAGUGACCUUCGAACUAGAUGCCAAUGGUCUACUCAUUGUCAGUGCGGAGGAAAAGGGAUCUGGAACCAAGAAUCAGAUCACAGUGACAAAUGACCAAAACCGGUUCACUCCGGAAGAUAUCGAGAAGAUGAUUGCGGAUGCCGAGAAGUUCGCCGAAGCUGACAAGGCAAUCAAAGAGCGUGUGGACCUAAAGAACGAUCUUGAGGGCAUGGCAUACAGCGUGCGAUCUCAAAUUGAAGAUGAGGAUAAGAUCGGUUCGAAGCUAUCGGAAGAUGAUAAGGAGCGUAUCAGAAAUGCGGUAGACGAGGCGGUUGAGUUUCUGGAUAGCAAUCCUGAGGCUGAGCUCGAGGAUUUGAGAACACAGAAGAGUACCUUAGAGGGGGUUGUGCAUCCGAUAAUGGCCAAAGUGUACGAAAGCGCAGGUGCGGACGACACUAGUCACGAUUCCGG